AGAUGGGAGACAUGGUAUUCGAAGAACUGGAAGACUUGAUGCAUUUUUCGGUCCACGACCUGCCGAAUCGCGGCUACGCCGUCAUGGAGGAGGUCCGGCGGCAGGGGAAGCUGUGCGACGUGACCCUGAAGGUGGGGGACCACAAGUUCAGUGCCCACAGGAUCGUUCUGGCAGCCUCCAUCCCUUACUUUCAUGCAAUGUUCACCAACGACAUGGUCGAGUGCAAGCAGGACGAGAUCCUCAUGCAGGGCAUGGACCCCAGCGCACUUGAGGCCUUGAUAAACUUUGCCUACAACGGCCAUGUGGCGAUAGAUCAGCAGAAUGUGCAGAGUCUCCUCAUCGCUGCCAGCUUCCUGCAGCUGCAGAACGUCAAGGACGCCUGUUGCUCUUUCCUCAGGGAGAGGCUACACCCUAAGAACUGCCUGGGCGUGCGGCAGUUUGCAGAGACCAUGAUGUGCACCACGCUGUACGAUGCGGCCAACAGCUUUGUGCACCAACACUUUGCUGAGGUGUCCAUGUCGGAGGAGUUCCUGGCUCUGCAGGCGGAGGAGGUGCUGGAGCUGGUUGGCUGCGACGAGCUCAAUGUGAAGGCUGAGGAGCAGGUAUUUGAGGCGGUGCUGGCGUGGGUGAGGCACGACCAGGGGCAGCGGGAAUCAAGGCUUCCGGAGCUCCUCUCCAAGACCCGCCUCCCCCUGUGCCGUCCCCAGUUCCUGGCGGAUCGCGUGCAGCAGGACGAACUUGUACGCUGCUGCCACAAGUGCAGGGACCUUGUCGACGAAGCCAAAGACUUUCAUCUGAUGCCCGAACGGCGCCCCCACCUCCCUGCCUUCAAGACUCGACAGCGGUGCUGCACCUCCAUCGCGGGGCUCAUCUAUGCAGUGGGGGGGCUGAACAGUGCAGGAGAUUCUCUAAACGUAGUGGAAGUAUUUGACCCAAUCGGGAACUUCUGGGAACGCUGCCAGCCAAUGAGCACAGCCCGCAGCCGGGUGGGCGUGGCAGUGGUCAACGGACUCCUGUAUGCCAUUGGAGGAUAUGACGGCCAAUCACGGCUCAGCACGGUGGAGGUGUACAACCCGGAAACUGACACUUGGACGCAAGUAGCGAGCAUGAAUAGCCAGCGCAGUGCGAUGGGUACAGUGGUGUUGGACGGACAUAUCUACGUGUGUGGUGGUUACGAUGGGAAAUCCUCCCUCAGUUCAGUAGAAUGUUAUUCUCCAGAAACAGACAGGUGGACAAUGGUUACAGAAAUGAGUGCAAGUAGGAGUGCGGCUGGAGUUACAGUGUUUGACGGAAGAAUUUUUGUGUCUGGUGGGCAUGAUGGCCUACAGAUCUUCAACACGGUGGAGUACUACAACCAGCAUACAGCCUCUUGGCACCCAGUGACGGGAAUGAUGAACAAACGAUGCCGUCAUGGUGCCGCCGCCUUGGGCAGCCAGCUCUAUGUUGUAGGAGGAUACGAUGGAUCUGGGUUCCUGAGCAGUGUGGAGGUGUACAGCUCUGUGCCAGACCAGUGGUGCCACCUGGUGGCCAUGAACACGCGACGCAGCAGAGUCUCACUGGUACCCAACUGUGGCCGACUGUACGCUGUAGGCGGCUACGACGGACAGUCCAACCUCAACUCGGUGGAGAUGUACGAUCCAGAGACAAACCGCUGGUCCUUUCUGGCGCCCAUGGUGUGCCAUGAGGGUGGGGUUGGAGUAGGAUGUAUACCUCUCCAGCCGGCCUAGCAGCCAGAGCCCUGCUGUUUGAUCAUGGGGAACGUUUCUUUCCUUUUUUUGUAUGUUUUUAUUUUUUGUAAUAAUUUUUGAGCAACUCCAUUUUUCAGAACUUCCAGAAAUUAAGUUACCAUUGGAUUUCUGUCCAUUCCUCAAAAAGAUGUCACUGAUUGGUACUAUUUUUGGGGGUUUGUACCUCCAUGAUCCUCCUGAACUGAAAGGAGAUUGGUGCUCUGUGACUGCGAGGAAUGGUGUGUCCUCCCCCCAUCCCCUGUGAAGAUGGUGAAUGACAUACACUGACACACACACACACCAGGCCUCUUAUGGUCAGGUGGUCAGCUCCAGGGACAGAGUUUCUUUGUCUUCAGUGGACUGUCUGCUUCCAUCCUGACAUCCAAAAGCUUCUGGUAACAAAAAAAGGGGGAAAGGCAGACAGGAUGGGGUGAGCUGGGUUAUUGAAUGAAGUUAAAGGAUGAUGAAUGAGGGGAGGCAGUAUAAAGGGGAAAGUUUUCAUAUUCAGCCUCUGAAAAGAUAUCCCUUUCCGUGUGACUGGUGGCAGGAGUCACACAGAUAAUACUUCUCAACUGGAAGCUGAGGUUUGGGCUUAAAAUACGGUACAAAUGCACCUGUGGUGAAUUACACAGGGGCAUUUAUGGCUGGGAGAUUUAAACACAUGAAAUGGGAGAAUUCACGACAGACUCUUAACUGACACGGACCACAAUUACAGUUAAAUAUGACACAGAUCUGAAAUUUGACAUUUUCCUGGUGUAUUUUCUAAGAAAAGUCUGGAUAUAGAAUGAAGUCUUGGGAUGGAAUGAAGAUGUGAUGGGGGUACAAUAGGUUUAGAUGUGCACCUGAAUCAGUGCUUUUGCCUGUGAAGCGCCGUGUACCAUGGAAUCGCCGGAGUUCCCUUAGGACAGAUUCCUUGCCUUGCAAACAGCGUGAAAGGGAACAGAUCCCAAAAUAAACGAUUGCGAGCAGUUUUACUGCACUGUACACUAUUGGCUAGGGGGGCACUGAGGGAUAUGAGCUGUGGUGCAGGUGAGACAUUUGACAGGUGAGCACACGAUGCUCCAUGGUGCAGAUGGAAGGGCCAGGUGACCCAGGUCGGUUAGCCUGCUAUGACCUAAGGCAUCAUCUUGAUCCAAAACGAAAAUCUUCUCACUGCCGCGUUACACACCGAAGGGUUUCCACAAAAUUACGGUUAAGCUGUCGUCAUUGAGGGUAGACAAACUACACUUAAAUGAGCAUGAAGUCAUUUGCUUUUUAGAGAAACGCGUCAAAUAAAAUCCUUCGCUACAGUACGUUGCAGACUUAAUGUGGGGUUUAACUACUGUGAGUCUAGAAUAUUGUUAACUAUUGUCAUUGCUGCAUUUUCUGCCAAUCACUUUUUUUAAUUAUUAUUCCUUCUAGUCAUUAUUGCAGUAUUUUUUACAUCUUUCUCGUUUUGGUACUGUACCUGAAGUCUAUUUAUUUACUUUCAUGUGUCAGGCUGCUGCUGUUGCUUCUGUUGUGCUGUCGCGCAUAACAGCCAAGUAACUGGGACUCUUUGUAAAGCCUACAGAUGGGUAAAACUUUGUUAUAAUCGUUGUAUUCCAAAUCUGAAUGUUGGGUUGGUGGAGGUCUCCUCUGGCCCCUGGUCGUACCUGUGUACCUACCUCUGUCGUUGACUGCAAGUCAAUGGACUCCUUUGUGUUUCUGCUUUCUGUCCUUUAAAAAAAGAAGGGAUUUCCAUAAUGUCCACCUGGCAGACAAGGACAAUAAAUAUUUGAGUAACUUGAAAAGUGAA